AUGGCUCUUGGGUUCUCUCAUUUACAUGAUACAAGUCCAACUGGUCUAACAAGUUUCAAUGCCAUUGAUAUUUCUGAAUCCAGACAUCAUCAAACAGAUGGUCAUAUUGAUCUCGAUAUCCAGAACUUCAAACGCAAACUUCGAGAACACAUUCCAGUUUGUACUUCUCUUUGUUCCUCUUCUUCCAGAUUGUAUUUUAAAGCAAACUGUUCCCUUCCAGCAUUGAGUCUCAGGUAUGGUGUCUACACAAACACUGCACUCCCUGUGUUGUCAUGUAAAUGGGAGAGAUACCUGCUAGUUUUCCUUUAACCUUGGAAUUAAAGUGGAUUCACACAAGAAUUGCAAUUUUUAUUGUUAAAAUGUAAAAAUCUAUCAGCUCUCCACAAUUUGUAGUUUAUUGCUCCUAUUUUUUUUUUUUUUAUGCUACUGCCAGGUGUAUCUAUCAAUAUAUUGUUUACUAAGAAUUUAUAAAUUUGGUUUAAGGUCUUGUCUCUGUUUUGUUUCUUAUGAAACUUUAUUAACAAUUUCUGUGUAACUCCACUCCCCCGUCUAGACAUGGUCCUUCGCUGGAGCAGAUAUUUACAUUAAUUGGUUUUCCUCCUUGUAACAAAUAUAUAUACGAGGCCUUGAACAACUAUGUGAUUGUAGUAACAAUACUGGCAUUAUCUGCGCAUUGAUUGUUUAUAUUUUAUAUUAUGUAUAAUAUUAUUUUAUUUUAUAUCUGUCAUAUUAUUAAACAUUUUUUUAAAAUACAUAGUUCACACCCAGUUUCGAGUUCUAUAAAAACAAAUAGUCAGGAGACUAGCAAUAUAUAUUCUAAAUAACCUGAUAAAGGUUUUCUCCAAACACCAUGACUACUUGAGUGAUUUGAAGUGGUCAUGGUGUCUGGAGUCAAUAUCGGUAACAGUGUUUUGCUAUGAAAUGCUGCACAUACAGAGUUUAACUCCUCUGCUGCCGAAUGUGUAACUCCACCCCCAGCAGCGCCAUUAUGGCGUUAUCAAACAGUCUAAAAGUAGAGUUCCAGGCUGGCUAAUAUGAAUUCUGUGUAACUAUCAUUGGACAGAAUGUUAUCUAUUGGCUAAGAGUGACCACCUAACUUUCUCAGCCAAUUAACGGCAGCAGUUGCAGUUUGUGGCAUUUGUGGCUCUGCAGAAGCUGGAAGCGCAUCACUGUAUCCCCUGGUAGCAUCAGAGCCUGACAAGAACCCAGGAAAGAUGGCCAAAAAUUUGGCAAAAACAAUGUGCCCAUAACCAGAGAAGCAGUCCAGGGUACCCCAGAUAUCAUAACCACUACAGUGAGCUUUAGAUGUAUGCUUGGUGAACUCUCAAAACACCAUAAUCACUGCAACUAGCUGUAGUGGUUAUGGUGUACAGAGUAUCUUGGUGCUGCCCACAGUAAAAUGUCACAAUGUUUAAGCAUGGUUUGGCAACUUAAUUGAGUCCCUAAUAUAAAGCCAUAUUUAUGCCAUCACAAAUGGCAUAAAAUGGAACUCAGCAGUAAGAGUAGUUGACUAAAUAAACUUGUUAUAUCAGUUGUAAUUAUAUUAUCCUGUAUAAGUGCAUUGGAGUCUGGGUAAUAAAUAGCGAUAAAUACGAAAAUGGGAGGUGGUCCCAAAGCCAGGGAAACCAAGGUCUGAUGGACCACCACCACCGAGGUCAACAGCGCUGUAACCCUAACAGAAAUAUACAAAUAAUUAGAAAACACUCUGAAGGACCCCAAAAGAUAAGUAGAUCAAUUAGGGGAGGGCAGUAAAGAGUAAAAGAGAACCCUAAGUUUUAUUUGAUAACUAAGGUAAGCUGAAAAAGGUAUAAGGUGAAAAAGCAAUUAAAAUGUCAACGAUCCAUAGUAAUAAACCUUGAACUUAGUAAUAGAAAAGUACCCCAUUACUAGUGGAAGGAGAGGGAAUAGUAUAUUGGAAACAUUAAUUGAUCAAAAAGAUAAAUGUAUAAAUGAAAAAUUACACAGGAAAAUGAAAAGGUAUCCAAUAGGGCAACGCGCUAGAAAACGUGUAUCAAACCAAAAGUUAGAAAGAAAAAUUCACUGAAAUAUAAUUCAGACCCGGAUUACCUUGGCACCAUAGUUUUCUCUACUAGUGCCCACCUGAACCUGCCGGCCCUCAGACAUAAAUUGGUACAAAAUAAAGUGCUACCCAUAAUGUGCAAAAAGAAAAGAAUUUUGUUUCUGCAUAUUAACACGCCGUCAUCAGGGAAAUAAAAUAAAAAAUACAAAAAUGGAUACAAUCUUGUAUUUUCAUUUCGUGACAUGUAAUCUGCUGUCUGCUACCAACUCGAAAAGUUAGUUUUUGUGGCUAUUGUUUGCCUAAUGAAUGCAAUUAUAUCUUUAAACCUAGCACCUGUUUGAUCUGUGGAUGAAUGGAUAAAAAGGAAUCUUCUGAUUGGCUGUGCCUAGAUUGGAUUUGUUAGCUCGGGCUAUUUAAGGGGAAGGAAUAGUCAACUGAGAUUUAUAGAGCCUUGAUUCUUCUACUGUACUGACUGACAGGUAAGGAGCUACUCUGGGAUCUCCCUGCUCAUUGCUACUCUCUCUCUGUGUAUUUUCUAUAUUAUCUGAUUUAUCUUCUGCAAAGUACAGUUUGUUACAAAAUGUUUGUCUAAUAUUCUGGGCUUAUUCUUAUAUACUAAAAAUGUCACUUUUUUAUGUUACACUCACUCUAAGGAUGGUGCUUUGUGAAGUUUCUGUUGUUUGUAUUUUUGUAGUAGUUUAUUGCUUAUAUAUUUUAUAAAAAAUCCAGUUUGUAUGAUGUGAAGCUAAAUUAAUGAAAUAAAAAAAAAAAACCUGAAUUGUAUAUUUCUCCCCAUUGUAAAUAUUUUAGUCUACAUUUUGCAGUUCAUCACAGCUCACAGUGUACAAACCCUUUAACAUUGCCUUAAUCUAUUUUAUUUUUUAUGUUUUCAUUUUUCCCCAGAUAUAUGAAAAUGCCAUCAUUCAACCUGUUUGGAUAUUUCAUCUUAUUUGGUCUUUAUUUUAACUGCUUUAGUGCACUAGUAAGUUCUAUUAAUUGACGUUCAUACUAUGUAAAUAUAUGUUAACGAUUUAUUAUAAUUAACGUUAAUAUUGUGAUGGCACAUUGAGAAGUUUAUUUUAUAAUAUGUGUCCAUUAGUCAGUGCUGAUUACUUUAAUAAUUGCUAUUUGUUAAAUUACUAUUUAUUACAUUAAUUAUUUAUUAAAUGUAUUAUUUAUUUGAAUUAUUGACAUUUAUUUAUUUGUAACCAUUUUUCUCUUUCCAGCCUGUGACAGAUGAUCCAGUCAUUUCAGGUAAGUUGUGUUUAAGUGUGCUGUUACUCAAUGCUUUCCUCUCUCAGCAAACCUUACUGUCUGUAAAUACCUAAUAUAUGCAACGGAUUUAACUCUAAAUUCUAACCUUGUAUUUCAAUUAAAUAAUGCUGUUUGAUUACAUUUUAUUUUAUCACUUGAUAUCAUUUUAUUCCAAAUCUGACAACUUUGAAAAAGUAGUGGGAGACAAAAUGUUUCAAAAUGUUUUUUUUUAUAUUUAAAAAACAAAACAAAACAAAAACAAACUCUGAACUGCAGCAGAUGUGAAUUGCAAAACUGAAGCAAAAAUUGUCAAUUUAAAAAACAAAUUCUCCAACUCAGCCAUGGAAGCAGUUUAGUUAUUUUAGUAAAACUUUUGACAUUCAGAUUCCAUUUGUUACAAUAUUCAUACUUUUUUACGACAUACUUUUUGUCUCGUUAGAAAAAUCUCUACAAAAUGUUAUUUUAAAUAUAUGUUUAUUAUUUAACAAUAAAUAUGCUGCACAACAAUUUGGGAUUAAUUUACUGAACACAAGUUGCAGUGAACUGAAAGUAAGUAUUGCAAAAUGUAGACAAAAAUUAUGAUUUGGAAGGAAGAUUUUCUAAGAAUCUCCUCACCUAUAGUAACAGUUUGGCUAUUUCAUUUUAAGAUUUGCAAUUUUAAUUUUCAAUUCACAAUAAUUGGACGUUUAAAGAAUAAACCUGUCAAUGUGUUUUAUUAGUUUGGAUUUGCAUUUUAAUAAUUAUUAUUUUAUUUCCAUUUCAGGAUAUGACUGCUCAGAUAUUUGGCUUAGAAACCAAAGCUCUGUCAGCGGCGUUUACAGAAUUAAACCUAUUGGAGCUGCAAAUUCAUUCGAGGUAGGAAUGUUACCACAACUUGCUGCAAAAUGUUAGUCAAUGGAGUCUAAGGGCUGUUAAAAUAGUUUUUGGCUCGGUGUCGAUUCAUUUAUUAUACCGAGAAUUCUGGAAUAUUGAAACGAGAACUAAAAAUGUUAUCCUGUCCUGACAUUCAUGAUACCAUUUUUACAUUUACAAAAAAUCAAUUUUAUUAAACUGAUUUGUAAAUUCUAAAUUUCUACAUUCUACACUGUUUUAUUCCCGAAAACCAGCUAUUGACCUGUAGAUUUGUCCAUUCAGUGUCAAAGCAAUUAUGAUUCGUCUGAAAUCUGGGCAAUUGUCAAGUUCUCUGAAUUCCGUAAAUUCAAAUCGCCAUAUGACCAAAUCACAAAGCAAGGAAGGAACUAGCUGUUUCGUUGUUUUGUGAUUCAGAGUUUUGUCUGGGUAUAAAAACAAAUGUUUUUUGGUUUGUUUUUUGUCAUGCACAACUCUAUAGAUCAGAGAACUGAAUAUUUUUGGACAAUUUUUUCUUACAAAGUUCUUUGCCAGCUCAGCUAUUUUGCUUAAACUUAGCAUUUUUCUGGUUAGUUUCUAACAAUUCAAUGUUCAGCGAAUAAAUUGAUUGGGUGUUCUCCCUAUGGCUACCUACAGCUAACUGCUACAUGCUUGUUUUUUAUUAUUAGGUUUUAACCAGAAAGGGAGGAUUAGGAGAUAAAGCAGAGAUACUUAGCUACUAAACUUUGAAUUGCGCUAAAUUGCUUAUUGAAUUAGUGUAGACUAAAAUUGUUACAUUUCAAGCUAGGUAGAUACAUUUGUUCAAACUGAGAAAUUUUUGCCUCAGUUUUUCAAACUUGGCUUCCAGUUUGAGCAAUUUCCUGUUUAUGAAAUUAACUUCACUAUUGACAUGUAGUUUUUUUUUGUAAAGUUUAGUGGUUGGUCCACUAAACUGGGGGAUGAGAAACCUGCUGACAGUUUAAUUGAUACGCUUUAAUGAAGAAGUGAGUUUUCAGAGAUUUUUUGACGGAAUGGAGGCUGGGUGAAAGUCUGAUUGAGGAGGGAAGGGAGUUCCACAGAAUAGGUGCAGCCCUGUAAAAGUCUUGAAGGCGAGCAUCAGAGGUGGGGAUCCGGGCAGAGGAUAGGAGUAGGUCUUGGGCUGAGCGCAGGGGUCUCGAUGAGACAUACUUGUGUAUGAGGGAGGAUAGGUAUGUUGGAGCAGCAUUAUGUAGGGAUUUGUAAGCAAGCGCCAGAAUUUUGAAUUGGGCCCUAUAUCUAACUGGAAGCCAAUGCAGGGACUGACAGAGCGUGGAGGCGUGGGAGGUGCGACCGGACAGGAAAAUACAGCCGUAUUCAUUAUAGAUUGCAGCGGUGCAAGCUGGGAACAUGUAAGACCGGUGAGAAGGGGAAUUGCAAUAGUCAAGGCGAGAGAGAACAACAGCAUGAACCAGUACCUUAGCCGCGUCCGGCGUUAGAUAUGGGCGGAUGCGCGCUAUGUUCUUGAGUUGGAAGCGACAGGAUUUGGCUAUCGAUUGAACAUGGGGAGUAAAAGAGAGAUCAGAAUCAAAAAGAACUCCUAGGCAGCGAGCCUGGGAGGUAGAGGUGAUAGUAGCGCCGUUGACUUGGAUGGCGACAGACACAGGAGUAGCAGCACUUGAGGGAGGAAAAACUAGAAGUUCUGUUUUGGACAGAUUGAGUUUAAGGAAGUGAGCAGCCAUCCAGUUGGAAAUAGCAGAGAGGCAGUCAGAAACACGAGUCAAGGUUGGCGGAGAGAGAUCAGGGGAGGACAGGUAGAUUUGCGUGUCAUCUGCAUAUAAAUGGUAUUGGACGCCAUAAAAGUAUAUGAUUAAAUAAUUAAAUGUUAUGUUUUGAAAUACUACCUGAUGGUAACAAAAUGUUGCUGUUUGACCUGCAGACUUUCUGUGAAAUGAAGGAGGACGGUGGCUUGACUGUAAUCCAAAGCCACAAUGGAAAUGAUCAAUUGCCCUUUGACACAGAUUGGGAUGACUACAAAGAGGGAUUUGGAACUCUAACUGGUAAUUUCUGACAAUUCUAUUUUAUGGCCUUCAAUAGCAAACCUGUUCAUACAAUGAUGACAGAAUGUGCAGCCCAGCCUGUAUACAUAGGGGUGUGCUCUGAAUUAAAGACCUUCAAUUACAUUUCUCACUGAUCCUGUGCAGGUCCUCAACUGACAGAGAAACAAACUGUUAACCUUGUAGUACAGUUACUCCUUCUGCCUUGGCCACAAACACUGUGUAGGAUAUUGGGCCCUUAAUAGCAGAAGGUGAUGCUGUUGGAAAAAGAAGGGAAAGCUUGAGAGUGGGGUUGGGACCCUACAGCACUCCAGGUGUUGUGGACUACAUCUCCCAUAAUGCCCUUACAGCCAUAAUGCUGGCCAAUUAUCACGGGAGAUGUAGUCCACAACAUCUCAAUUACCGAAGGUUGUCUUAAAUAUAAUCUGAAAAUAAUACUCACUAAACCAGGAAGUAAAUCAGCCAGUUACGAUGCUCAUUAUUUCUAGCACUGCUUAGCUGAUCCCAUAGGCAGUACUUUAAAUCCACAGGGGUUUCUUGGAGUUGUAGUUCAAUUAAAACAAGGAGGGAUGGUGAGGAAGUGUAAGAUUAUAGAGGGAGACUAAUUUUAAUUUUAAGAAAAACUAGUGAAGAUUAAUAAAAUAAUCCGUUCAGCAUAACUAGCUGUAUCCUACCCAGCACAUUACACCAAACCAAAUGUAUGUGUCUGCUUUCAGCACCCCCUUUAAUAUAUAGAGACAAUUCCCUGUGUAGGUACUGGGCUAUUCUAUGACGGAAUGUGUGUGAUCUCAAUGUCAUUUCUUGUUGAAGGGGAACACUGGCUGGGACUUGAGAAGAUGUAUCUGCUGACCCAUCAGUGUUCCAGAGCUGCAGACCUGCUUAUCACCCUGGGCGACUUUGAUAAAUCAGAGGCUUCUGCGCUAUACAGUCCUUUUACCAUCGGCUCCGAGGACAUGCAGUACAGGAUAUCGCUGGGAAACUAUUCUGGGAAUGCAGGUACGGUCUGAAGAUAUCUGUAAUUCCUUCUUUCCUUGCUCUAACCCAACAACAAUGCUCCCUUCAGAACUGAUACUAAUAAAGGGACUGUUCUAGGAAAUCUAAGAGAAUUAGCAAUUAUCAAAUAAUAAUAAUAAUAAUAAUAAUAAUGUGUAUAAACAAGUCCACUAUUGUGUUACGGCUGUUCCAAGACAUAUAGUCAAUAAAUAUACUGAGAUUUUUUUAAAUAAAUCGUACAGAUUGGAAUAGAUCCGUCCCUGUAAAUGGUACAUUUUUUGUUUUCCUUUGAUUUAGAGAUUCCUCUUGAAAAGAAUGUAAAUGUCCAGUGCAUGGAUAUAAAAACUGGAUGCUUAGAAUGUUCUGCAUCGAUAUAACGUAUUGUUACCUUGAAAGCUGAACUGUUGUCUUGAUUUAAUAUUUUUGGAUGAUCUUUUCAAAUAAUUUAAUGUUGUUGAAUAAGUUUGAAAAUUAUAAAAAAAAAAAAAAAUAUUACAGGAACACAAGCAUGUAUAAUCCAAAAACAUGCUAAUAAAAAAAUAUGAACAUCAAGGCCGAUAUUUGGCUACUGUUGCUGAAAAUGUGAUUUGCUACUUCCCCAAACCUCUUGCUUUUAUGAAUGCCCAUAAAAUGUUCUUGUACAUGUUAUCAGUUUAGACAGCAAUAUAAAUUAUUGAGUUUGGAAUAAUAUUGUUUUUUUGUUAAUCAAUUCUUGUUUUAGGAGAUGCUUUCAGAGCAAGAUUGAAUGUAAAAGAUGUAAAAUCCAAUCAGGAUGGGAGCUCUUUCAGCACCUGGGACAGAGACAAUGACAACUGUAACCCAUGCAUUAUGGGUGAUAUCAUCUUCAGGAGCUGUGCCCGGGAUUAUAGCUCAGGCUGGUGGUUUAAUGGAUGUGGAUUAGCAAAUCUGAAUGGUCGCUGGCGUCCCGCAAAGAAUAGUAUUGGCUGGCUUUCCUCUGUGUCUUGGGAAACAUAUCGAAGCAACAAGUCUCUGAAGUUUAGUAAGAUGUACAUAAAAAACUAUUAACGGGAACAUUUUACUGAAGACGUGUCUUUAAGUGUUUGUUCAUAGUGUUUGCAUAUUUUUGAAAUGGUCUUGAAUAUAUUUUACUCAUUGUUUUGUAAAUAAUUGUGUGUUGUGUUGUUAAAUAAAAAUAAAAUCCAUCCCCAGUCUCGCUCUGUAUCUUUUUGAAAGAAAAGUCUAAAAAGUAGAUAGUUCAUGUUUUCCUUUUAAAUAAUAGAAGUAAAACCAAUGACCCAAGAAAACAAAAACAUUAAAAAAACAGAAGCGAAAAAACAAAAACAACCAGAUCAUAAAAUAAAAAAUAAAGCAAUAAAAGAAUACAAUGAUCUAAAAGAAUGAGGAUAAAACGUAGUCAGUCGAGUAAAUAUGCUCCCCCUGACGUACUGAAACAGGUAAAAAUCCUGUUAAAAAGUUAUAUAAAUAAAUAGGAAAUUCUGGUAGAGUUCACGGCCAGAGUAAUGUCACGUUAUACUCACCUUUCUAUAGGGAAUGGGUAAAAUCUCUGGUUUAUUCACUAAACUCUGAUUUGUAACAAACUGAUGUAUAAAUGGCAAAAUUCUAGCGAGAAAUGCUGGAUAAAUUCACUAACUUGGCUAUCGUCAAAGAUUGGCUAUUUUACCUUAAAUUGUACCAUUCUGGUUUUUAUUCACCGCAGUUUGGUGUUUAGCAAAUAAAUGCCUUUUUCAGCAAUGACCAUUCGUUUGUUUUAGGUAGCGUUUCAGUUCUAUUAUCACGCUGAGCUUGUCUGGUAUGUCAGUAACUACAAUGAUACACAUUAAGGAACAUCACACACAAAAAUACAGCUUUAAACGUUACAAGGCUACUUAAAAUCACCUCUACCAGCAAACAAAUAUGUGGAUUCAGUUCCACCAUGUGACCAUAUUGUGUUAAGCCACCACUAUGUCACAGUCCCCCAACAUCGGUGGAUCUUACACUAUUUUUAACAUGGGAGACAAACAACAACUUAAACAGUGCUAGUAACUAAAUAUAACAAACUCAAGUGCAUUUAAUUAAUCUGUUUUAAGAGCAUGUGAAUAAAUAUCAUGCGAAAUCAGCAGUGGGGCUGCCUUAAAGACAAAACCUUAUACAAAAUAUGGAUUAAAGGGACACUCGCUAUAGACGCCAAAACAACUUUAGCUUAAUGAAACUGUUUGGGUGUAUAGAUCAUGUCCCUGCAGUUUCACUGAUCAAUUCUCUAUCAUUUAAGAGUUACAUCACUAUUGGUUCUGUUCAUGCAGCCCUCUUCACACCUCUCCUGGCUGGGACUCACAUAGCCUGCAUGAAAACAGAAUGGUUUCAUUUACAAUAAUAUAUCAGCUUGCAUUAGAAUUUAUUUAUCUCCUGCUCUAUAAAUUUUACUUUAAUCAUACACAGAAGGCUUUUGCAUGGUCUCGGAGACUAUUAAUAGAACAGAAGACAAGAAUUUCUAAAUUAAAAAGACUGUGCAAUAAAGGAAGUUUAAACAUUAGAUCUCUCUUUACAGGAAGUGUUUAAGAAGGCUGUGCAAGUCACAUGCAGAGAGUUGUGAUUAGGGCUGUAAGUUGUAUUGGUGCCUCUAUUGUCCCUUUGAGGAAUAACGAACACACAAACAUUUUAAAGUUUGAAAUUUUAGUAUAUAUUCACAAUGCUCUUACAACAGUUGUUGCCAAAAGUCUACAAGAAAUUGAAAAAACCUCCAGGAUGACCGUUCGUCUCAAGAAGGGGAUGUUUAACUGAGAACUGUAGUGUCUUUGUGGAUGAUAGUCUGCAUUUCCCAGUGCUGAAGUCCCCAUUGCACAUUCAGGACACCCAAUUUGCCACAGAAAUGUUGUCAAAUCUUAAAUGUACAAAGACAUUGCCCUUAGCCAGCCUGGACAUUGUGCCCCUUUAUACCAGCAUUCCGUAUGGGGCUGGACUUGAAAUCUGUAGAUGUCUGUUGCUCCACUCUAACUUAUAUUCCAACGAGUUGUGCCUUUUUGUUGUGAAACUAUUGGAAUGUAUGUUUCUAUUCAACAGCAGAGUAUUUACAAAAACAGGGGAAUGCCAUGGGUACUUGAUUUGCUCUCAACUAUGCCAACUUGAUAUUGGCAUGGUGCGAACAGUACCAUAUAUACAAUCUGUCCAUAUUUCACACAUCGGGCGCUUGGUAUCGAUACAUAAAUGACAUAAUCAGUCUGUGGCAGGACGAUGAGCCUUCUUUCCACAACUGGGUGACUGUCCUGAAUGACAAUUUUUUUUGUGAUUAAAUCUUGUGAAUUCCUUGAUCUUACCAUUUCUAUUAAUGACAAUGUGAAAACCAAGCUAUUCAGAAUACAAAUAUCAUCGAACAGUUUUUUUUUUAAAACAGGAACAGUUUUCUUUUACUGAAAUGGGUAAUACCUUAUGGACAGUACUUGAGAGUUUGGAGAAAUUGCUCUAAAGAUGAAGAUUUUAUCAAGGAAGCUGGCAUCUUGAGAUCCCAUUUCCUAGUUAAAGGUCAUCCAAAGUGCCUCCUAAAAAGAGUAUUUAAUUGAGCCAACAGUGGAGAGGCUAACUAUCAACAGAAAUGUCUGACAGAGGACAGCUAAUCAUUUGCUUUAUCAUUAAGUCUGACACGGGGGGAAACCUGUGAAGAACAUUCUUGCCAAAAACUGGCCUAUACUGGCAUGUGACGAUAUAACCAAGAAAGCUAUCACAGAAUAUCCGUCCAUGACAGUUAAAUGUGCCCCUAAUCUACAGGAUUUAUUAGUCCACACCAACCUAUGACUUGGCUACAACCCACCACUGGGGUCUUUCCCUGCAGCCACUGCAAAACCUGCAAUUGAAUAAACCCACCAAGGAAGAAAUUGGAUGUCAUAAAAAAGGAAGUCAAUUUGUUAAGUGGUCUUUCACCAACUUUAUGUACCUUGAAAACUGCUCUUGAGGUGUACAAUAAAUUGGCAAGACCCUCCAGCAAUCUUCCGCAGGAGGAUCCUUCAACAUGGCAAUUUAAUUAAUACGCACCUGGACACACCAAUUUUAUGAGAUAUUCAUAAUUCUCACAAUGGUGAAGUCUCCGACCUGUCAUUUCAAGUUAAUCAAAGAAUCAAACUUUACCCCGAUAUAAGCCUUAAAUUAUUAUAAAAUCAUUCAGGAUGGAUUUAUGAAUUUGAGACAUUGGCCGCCUCUGGGCUAAAUGAAGAAUGUAAUUACACCAUAAUUAAUUAAUUGAAUUACAAUAUGCUGGAUCAUAAAAUUCUGGUCAUUAUUUAGCUCUAUCAAUUUAUUUGAUGUUCACAAAUAAGUCUCAUAAUUCAUGUGUUAUUUUUCCAUUAUUUAUAUUUAUUCUCAUUAUUAUAUAUAUUUUUAAUAGUUAUUAUUAUUUUGUUAUGUUUGAUUUUCUUGACUAUUUUUUUUUUUCACAAUUUUUUUCCUUGGUUUUUCACUGGCAGUUUUUUCUCAUAAAAUUAUGAUCAACCAUUUUGCUGAUUUUUUUAUGGUAUUUUCACAUCUCAUUUCUCCCCCUUAUUUACGAUGAAUAAGUUCCCUUAUUUUAAUGUACUGUUAUGGAUUUAUCAUUAGCCUGAAGCAUACAGUUAUGCUUUGGAGACAGAUUUUAUGUGGCACAUACAUGGUUCUCUGGGGAGGGAAAAGUUACUCUGUUUUGUAGCUCAAUUACACUAAGGAACAGCCGGUCUGCUCUCACCCACUAGAGAGGUCUGUCUGCCCUUGACUUACCAUAUUAUUUUACCAACAUUACUUGUGCCCUUAACUUACCUUACCAUUUUACCAGCAUUACUUGUGCUAAGAAUUACUUUGGAAGCUCUCAGUAUCCAAUGUGCAGUAUUUCUAGAAGAAUAGUGACCCCUGGUGGUUGAAUUUUUACAACUGCAUGCACCACAUCAGACCUAUUGUCUCCUCCCCGGCCCUUUGACCAGGGCCAGAUUAAGAGCCACGUGGGCCUGGUGCUGACAAUUAUGACGGGCCUAAUUACAGAAUCAUAUCGACCAAAAACAGUAAAACACUCCCAAGCAUCAUGUAUGUGAUGGAGAUGGUGCUGGAGAGAAAGAAAACAGCAGCUAUAAGAAAAGGCUAAUCUCUCUCUAAUUUAUGUUUUCAUCUUUCAAGUAAAUCCAUAACCCCUAACAGCAGUGUCCAGUCAGGCAGGAAGUCAAUGGGCAUGGUAAAAGGGGGUGCCACUGACACAAAUCACGUAACCUGCGAAAAGGGGCGAACAUGCCCAAAAAGAGGACAUGUCUGCUCAAAGAAUUAGGCCAGCCUGGCAUGAAUGCAUGUCAGGCUGCCUGCCAAUCAUGCAGCUGGCCAACUAAGGGCAUACUAUGCAGACAGCACCCUGAGCUUGGCAUAAAUGCAUCUAAUUAUGCGCUCACUCAAUGCUUUCUAAGGACUGUCCCCUAGCACUCGCUGGUCCACUUGUCUCCUUACCUUCUUACUAGCAGGCAGAAGCUCCUGGUAUAUAGUCUGGGACAGAGAAAAGCUGUAUGUAGUGAGUGUAGAAGAAAGGGAACAUGCCACAGUGUUAGAGAGACCAAAGUCAGCAUUACCUUAAAGGAUCACUAUAGGGUCCGGAACACAAACAUGAAUUCAUGACCCUACACCACCAUCUAGCCCCCCUGGGCCCCUCAUGCCUCCAUAAAUAUAACAAAAUCUUACUAUAUUCAAGCCCGAAGCUGUAACUCUGCAUGCUGUUAGACUCAUAAAAACAAGCAGUCUGCUGACAUCAUUAGAAGUGGUGGCCUGAUCCAAUCACAGUGCUUCCCCAUAGGAUUGGCUGAGACUGACAAAGAGGCAGAUCAGGGUCAGAGCCAGCAUGAUUCAAACACAGCCCUGGCCAAUCAGCAUCUCCUUAUAUAGAUGAAUUUAAUUAAUUAAUCUCUAUGAGGAAAGUUCAGUGUCUGCAUGCAGAGGGAGGAGACACUGAAUGUUUGGAUGCAUUUUAGGCAGCCAUGACCCAGGAAGGAUCUCUAACAGUCAUCUAAGGAGUGGCCAGUGAAGUUAUCACUAGGAUGUAAUGUAAAGACUGAAUUUUCUCUGAAAAGACAAUGUUUACAGCAAAAAGCCUGACGGUAAUGAUUCUACUCACCAAAACAAAUUCAAUAAGCUGUAGUUGUUCUGGUGACUAUAGUGUCCCUUUAACUAUAUUCAUUGUCAGCCAGUCCACACAAGUUUUGUUCCCAUACAUCCCACCUUUCCAUACUUAACUAAGAGUAUGUGAAAAGUAGUUAGGGUUGCCACCUUUCUUGGAAAAAAAAGGAGUGACAUAAGAGAAAAUGCUGUAAAAUCACCCAAACAACUAUUAGUUUGAUUCUGCUGUAUAGAUGGAUUCCUCCCAGUGCCCCCAUGUCUCCCAGUGCCCCCAUGUGUCCCUAUGUAUCAGUGUCUCAGUGCCCCAUGUCUCCCAGUGUCCCCUAGUGUCGUGUCCCCAGGUCUCCCAGUGAUCCUAUGUAUCACAGUGUCUCAAUGCCCCAUGUCUCCCUGUGUCCCCAUGUAUCCCAGGGUCCCAAUGUCACUAGGACACUAGGAAGACUGGGAGACCUGGGGACAUGGGGAGACCUAGGGACACGGAGACACAAGUGACACUGGGAGACUAGGGGACUCUGGCUGGGACACAUGGGGACAAUGGGAAAAUAGGGGACACGUGAAGACAUGGGGACACAGACACCAGGGACACAGACACUAGAGACACUGGCUGGGGGACAUUGAGACAUGGGGACACUGAGACACCAGGGCCACAGACACUAGGGACACUAGCUUGGAGACAUGGGGACAUUGUGACACUUUAGGCAAUGAGAGACAUGGAGGCACUAGGAGACAUUGAGACACUGGCAGACUGGGAGACUAGGGGUCACUGGGAGACAAGGGGGCACUGAGACACCAGGGAUACUGGCUGGGAGACAUGGGGACACUGUGUCCCCAUGCGUCUGUGUCAUAAUAUCUCCCAAUGCCCCUUAGUGUCUCAGUGUCUGCCAUAAUAUCUCCCAGUGCCCCUUAGUGUCUCGGUGUCUGCCAUAAUGUCUCCCAGUGCCCCUUAGUGUCCCAGUGUCUGCCAUAAUGUCUCCCAAUGUCCCUUAGUGUCUCAGUGUCUGCCAUAAUGUCUCCCAAUGUCCCUUAGUGUCUCAGUGUCUGCCAUAAUGUCUCCCAAUGUCCCUUAGUGUCUCAGUGUCUGCCAUAAUGUCUCUCAAUGCCCCUUAGUGUCUCAGUGUCUGCCAUAAUGUCUCCCAGUGUCCCUUAGUGUCUCAAUGUCUGCCAUAAUGUCUCCCAGUGCCCCUUAGUGUCACAGUGUCUGCCAUGUCUCCCAAUGUCCCUUAGUGUCUCAGUGUCUGCCAUAAUGUCUCCUAGUGUCCCUUAGUGUCUCAGUGUCUGCCAUAAUGUCUCCCAGUGUCCCUUAGUGUCUCAGUGUCUGCCAUAAUGUCUCCCAAUGUCCCUUAGUGUCUCAGUGUCUGCCAUAAUGUCUCCCAAUGUCCCUUAGUGUCUCAGUGUCUGCCAUAAUAUCUCCCAGUGCCCCUUAGUGUCUCAGUGUCUGCCAUAAUGUCUCCCAAUGUCCCUUAGUGUCUCAGUGUCUGCCAUAAUGUCUCCCAGUGUCCCUCAGUGUCUCAGUGUCUGCCAUAAUGUCUCCCAGUGUCCCUUAGUGUCUCAGUGUCUGCCAUAAUGUCUCCCAGUGUCCCUUAGUGUCUCAGUGUCUGCCAUAAUGUCUCCCAAUGUCCCUUAGUGUCUCAGUAUCUGCCAUAAUGUCUCCCAAUGUCCCUUAGUGUCUCAGUGUCUGCCAUGUCUCCCAAUGUCCCUUAGUGUCCCAGUGUCUGCCAUAAUAUCUCCCAAUGUCCCUUAGUGUCUCAGUGUCUGCCAUAAUGUCUCCCAGUGUCCCUUAGUGUCUCAGUGUCUGCCAUAAUGUCUCCCAGUGUCCCUUAGUGUCUCAGUGUCUGCCAUAAUGUCUCCCAAUGUCCCUUAGUGUCUCAGUGUAUGUCUCCUUGCAGCCUUUCCCCAUCCCUUACUUCCCUGAGCUGUAGGCUGUCUCUGCAGGGUGGGAGUUGCUGUCUGGACUCUCUGUAGCUGCACCCCUGCAGAUCAGUGAGUAUAGAUAGGCAGGGAGGGAUAUGCUGGAACUUCCUAUCCCUGCCUGUCUCCACACACAGCGACCCCUACUGGCCAGUGUUGGUAUUGCAUAGUAAUCUCUUGUUUAUACUGAGAAAAAUACCAGCAUUUGUAUUGCCAGUAUCACUGCAAUAUUGGCACCAGCCAGGCAGCCUCAAAUACUGGCUGUGCCAAUAAAAUAAAAGCCAGGUGGAAUCCCUAACAGUAGUGUGUAAAAAAAAAAAAAAAAGUAAAAAAUAAUAAUAUUUUUUUUUUAAAUCAAUGGGCCUAUUCCAUGGGCCUGGGCCUGGAGCUGCAGCUCCAUCAGCCCCUAUGUUAAUCCGGCCCUGCCUUUGACCAUAGGCUCCGGUGGGGCCUUAGUAUUUAUAAUAAAGUAGAGUAGCUAUUAUCUAUAAAAUAGAACGGACCUAUAAUGAUUUAUGCAGGUUUUAGAUUUUUUGUCCCCUUGUGGGGUGGGUAUGUAGAAUCUUUUUCUUAUGGGCUGUGUAGAUGAUUGGGGAUCUCUAGCCACUGGUUAAAGGAAGACUUACUAUUAUUUGGGGGGUGAACAAUAACAUAUCCACCCCCUUAAUUUUAUAAUUCAUUAUGUCCCCCACUCGCCGGCAUGGGUGGGGCUGGGGGAAGGGACGAUAGGUUACCCUGUUGUUUCUAAUAUUAGAGUCCCUCCCUGCCAGCAUGGGUGGGCCUGUGGGAAUUGACAAUAUGUUCCCCCCCUAUUUUAUAAGUAUUAAACCAGCAUGGUUGGGUGUUCAAGGCAGGGGACAAUUGCCCCCCAUUUUAUAAAUAUUAGGGCACUCUUCCCACUGGUAUUUUUAGGAGCCAAGGCAGGGGACAAUUGCCCCCCAUUUUAUAAAUAUUAGGGCACUCUUCCCACUGGUAUUUUUAGGAGCCAAGGCAGGGGAAACUUGCUACCUAAUUAUAAGUAUGGUUGGGGGCCUGGGGAGCAAGCACUGGCCAACUGCAACAUAAUAACCCUGGCACAUCCAUAGGUUUUUAACUAUUUGCCUAGGGCAUAAAGCAGGUGAAUCAUAAUUUGCAAAGGUUCAUCCUACCAGUCGCCAUCUGAGAAUUGCCAAUGAUGGUCAAUUCGGUCGUUUAGUGAAUCCAGUGUUUAGUGAAUGACCCGGUUAAUCUCGAGGUUUUCAAAAAUGCUCGGACUAAUUUUUAUUAAUAUUGUUUUAUUUAGAAAAAAAUCAUUAAUAAAAGUAUUACAAGUCAUAAAAGCACCCUGUCUUCCAGAAAUGUCACAUGACUCUUGGUUUUCCUCAUUUACAUGAUAAUGGUCCUAGCUGGUCUAACAAGUUUCAAUGCCAUUGACAUUUCUGAAUCCAGACAUCAUCAAACAGAUGGUCAUAUUGAUUUAAGUAUCCAGAACUUCAAACUCAAACCAUAUAUACUGUACAAUCUGUCCAUAUUUCACACAUCAGGUGCUUGGUAUCGAUACAUAAAUGACAUAAUCAGUCUGUGGCAGGACGAUGAGACUUCUUUCCAUAACUGGGUGACUGUCCUGAAUGACAAUUUUUUUUUGUGAUUAAAUCUUGUGAAUUCCUUGAUCUUUCCAUUUCUAUUGAUGACAAUGUGAAAACCAAGCUAUUCAGAAUACAAAUAUCAUCGAACAGUUUUUUGUAAAACAGGGACAGUUUUCGUUUACUGAAACGGGUAAUACCUUAUGGACAGUACUUGAGAGCUUGGAGAUAUUUGCUCUAAAGAUGAAGAUUUCAUCAAGGAAGCUGCCAUCUUGAGAUCCCAUUGCCUAGUAAAAGAUUAUCCAAAAUGCCUACUAAAAAAGAAUAUUUAAUUGAGCCAACAGUGGAGAGGCUAACUAUCAACAGAAAUGUCUGACAGAGGACAGCUAAUCAUUUGCUUUAUCUUGGUAUCCAGAACUUCAAACACAAACUUCGAGAACACAUUCCAGUUUGUACUUCUCUUUGUUCCUCUUCUUCCAGAUUGUAUUUUAAAGCAAACUGUUCCCUUCCAGCAUUGAGUCUCAGGUAUGGUGUCUGCACAAACACUGCACUCCCUGUGUUGUCAUGUAAAUGGGAGAGAUACCUGCUAGCUCACAGGUUCACCGUUAACCUUGGAAUUGAAGUGGAUUCAUGCAGGAAUUGCAAUUUUUAUGGUUAAAAUAAUGAUAUUCUCCAAAUCAGCUAUUUAUUACCUGAUAUUAGCAUUAACUCUAUCAGCUCUCAUCUGUGCAUUUCUGUGCUUUUUUUAUAUUUUAUAUUAUGUAUAAAGUUAUUUUAUGUUAUAUCUGUCAUAUUAUUAAUAUAUAUUUUUUAAAUACAUAGUUCACACAACUCAAAUACAAUAUAAUUAUAAGAAUAUAUAUCAAGAAAUAUAUAAUCUAAGUAACAUGUUACUUUAAGCACCAUAAUUGCUUGAGUGAUUUGAAGUGGUCAUGGUGUCUGGAUUCCAUAUCUACAAUAGUUUGCUAUGAAAUGUUGCACAUAGAGAAUUUAACCCCUCUGCUGCCAAAGGUGUAACUCCACCUCCGGCAGCGCAAUUGAGACAUCAUCAUAAUGCCCAGAGCUAGAGUUGCAGACUGGCUAAUAUCAAUUUUGUGCAACUUUCAUUGGACAGAAUUGCAUUCAUUGGCUGAGAGCGGUCAGCUGACAUUCUCAGACAACGAAUGCUUUUGAGGCUCUGCAGAAUCCAGAAUUGCAUCACAUGGCCACCAGGGUACAUCGGAGCCUGGCAGAGACCCAGAAAAGGGGACAAAAAGUUUGCCCCAUAACCAGAGAACCAGGCCAAGGUACCCCUGGCAUCAUAACCACUACUGUGGGCUUAAGCUGUCAUCAUGAUUGGAGAAUGCUCCAAACACCAUAAUCACUGCACCAAAUGUAGUGGUCCAGAGUACUUGGUGCUGUCUACGGUAUUAUGUCACACUGUUUUAACAUGGUUUGGCAACUUACCUGGGUCCUGCUGAGCAAUUGAGCCACAUGCGAUUUUCCUUGGAAGGAGCAAAGUGAACUAAAUGCAGGACUGUGUUCCCUGAUGCUCUCAGCUAAUGGACAUAGUCCUGCAUGAUUCUGAUAUCUUCUUAUGACCAAUCUGGCCUUUCCUGCCCGAGAAGGUAGAAUGCAGCGGAUGUGCUUUUGGUGCCUGGCAGGUCAAACCUUCAUCAGGGCUCUCCUGUCACCAUAACCACUAUAUUGACGUGCAGUAUUUAUGCCGCUUAAAGUGUUUCUUUGAGUCUAAAGGGGGAAAUGACUGAAAAUGUACAUAGCCACCUAUGUUGUAAGAGAGCAAACAUUGUUUUUUAGUUUUUUUUAACACAUUGGGUGCAGAAAGCCCUGGAUUUUUUUUUUUAAAUUGAUCACUGUUAUUUGAUCAUCCAGAGGAAUUACAAUGUAAUAGUGGCAAUUUUUGGAGGGUUAGCUCCAGCAUUGGAGCUCUAUCCUUAAUAGUUAGUACAUUGUAUCUUAUUUGGAUUAUGCCCUAAUUAUCCACACAGUCUGCUUUUGUAACACGGCUGGGCAUAUUUUGCCCAACACCUGAAGCUAUUUUUUUUUUCGCUGGAAAAAUACCCUUAAUAUAUUGAAUAGGUUUAUGAAUUUCAAGCCUUGCAUGCCUCCCUUCAAUUAGAAAACCUGCAAACACAGUGAGGCUGCAACUACUUACAGGUAGGAUAUUCUAAUAUAACGCUACCAGAAAUGGCAUUACAUUGAAUUUAGCAGUACGAGUAGCUGAUUAAAUAAACUUUUUCUAUCAGACGUAAUUAAAUUAUCCUGUAUAGUGCGUUGAUUUCUGCAAAAAAUUUAUAAAAUCUUGUAUUUUCGUUUUGUAACCUGUAAACUGUCGGCUACUUCAAACUUGAAAAGUUAGUUUUUGUGGCUAUUGUUUGCCUUAUUAAUGCAAUUAUAUAGUUGAACCGGGUACCUGUUUGAUCUUUGGAUGAAUGGAUGAAAUGCAAUCUUCUGAUUGGCUGUGCCGAGAUUGGAUUUGUUAGCUCGGGCUAUUUAAGGGGAAGGAAUAGUCAAGUGAGAUUUAUAGAGCCUUGAUUCUUCUACUGUACUGACUGACAGGUAAGGAGCUACUCUGGGAUCUCCCUGCUCAUUGCUACUCUCUCUCUGUGUAUUUUCUAUAUUAUCUGAUCUAUCUUCUGCAAAGUAUAGUUUGUUACAAAAUGUUUGUCCAAUAUUCUGGAGCAUUAGGCUUGUUCGUAAAUACUACAAAUGUACAUUUUGUUUUGUUAUACUCCCUCCAAGGAGGGUGCUUUGUCAUGUAAUACAAAUGGUUGAUACAAAUCCAACUUGUAUGAUGUGCAGCUACAUUAAAAAAAUUGAAAAACACAAACCUGAAUUGUAUAUUUCUCCCCAUUGUAAAUAUUUUAGUCUACAUUUUGCAGUUCAUCACAGCACACAGUGUACAAACCCUUUAACACUGCCUUAAUCUAUUUUAUUUUUUUAUGUUUUUAUUUUUCCCCAGAUAUAUGAAAAUGCCAUCAUUCAACCUGUUUGGAUAUUUCAUCUUAUUUGGUCUUUAUUUUAACUGCUUUAGUGCACUAGUAAGUUCUCUUAAUUGACGUUCAUACUAUGUAAAUAUAUGUUAACGAUUUAUUAUAAUUAACAUUAAUAUUGUGAUGGAACAUGGAGAAAUUUAUUUUAUAAUAUCUGUGCAUUAGUCAGUGCUGAUUACUUUAAUAAUUACUAUUUAUUAAAUUACUUUUUAUUAAAUGUAUUAUUUAUUUAUUUAUUUGUAACAUUUUUUUUCUUUCCAGCCUGUGACAGAUGAUCCAGUCUAUUCAGGUAAGUUGUGUUUAAGUGUGCUGUUACUCAAUGAUUUCCACUCUCAGCAAACUGUCUGUAAAUACCUAAUAUAUGCAACGGAUCUAACUUUAAACGCUAACCUUGUCUUUCAAUUAAAUAAUGCUGAUUGAUUACAUCAGAUUUUAUCACUGGAUAUCAUUUUAUUCCAAAUCUGACAACUUUGAAAAAGUAGUGGGAGACAAAAUGUUUUGAAAAUUAUUGUUUAUUUUUAUUUUUUUUUAUUUUAUUUUUAUUCUUAACUUAACUGUAGCAAAGUUAAGUUAGUGACAAAGCAAGUGACAAAAUUGAGGCAAACAUUGCUCAUUUAAAAAUAUUCUCCAACUCAGAUAUGGUAAAAUAGCGAAUUUAGCAACAAUUUUGACAUCCAGAUUCCAUUUGCUAAAAUUCUCACACUUUGAGUGCUGGACUGGGGAUAGUGAUGAAAACAAAACAAGAAGUGAACCUGUGUAGAUAAGGUGCUUAAGUGUAUAUUAGGUGUACAAGUGAAUAUGGGAGCUGCUGGGGAGGCUCUGUACUAUGUGAGUGGACCAAUUUUGGGAUUAUUCAUAUCACUUAAUUUUCAUAUAUACUACACUAUAUUUUGCUUGUUCUGUUCCCCUAUAGGGAAUUCACUAUAUAUUGUUGUAAACCCUUAGGGGUAAGUGUUAAUUUUAUUUAGCGCUACACACUUCGCACUAUAGCUGUAUACCUGUUGGUUAUAUAGUGCACUAUUUCUUUACCUAUGGGCAGGGCCGGACUGGGAAAAAAAUUAGGCCCGGGCAUUUUUCAAACAGAGCGGCCCCCUAAGAAGGGGGCGGUGCCAGAGAGUGUGUGUUUUGUCAUCACUAAUGACAACACGCCCCCUCUCAAAGUGAGCAUGUUGGUUCAAUGCCCAGAGCCCUGCUGAAGAGCUCUGGCAUUAGAAAAAGGCCCUGAAUUUAUUCUGCACAGCUCAAGCAAAUUUAAUAACAUGCUUGCGCUGUGUUUGCUUUUAAAUUGUCUCUGGUGUCUCCACAAGUGGGAUACCAGAGGACAAAUGGGCCAGGAAAGUGCAUGGUGCAUAUGUUUGGAGCCUGCUUGUGGGAUUGCAUGUGUGUAGAGAGUGGUGUGGUAUUGUAUAAAUAGGUCAAUUUAAUUUGUGUUUGUGGUGUAAUAUGUGUGGCUAGGGGCUGUAGAGAGUGUGUGUAUGGGGGCAUAGUUUUAUAGGGGAUGCAGCGAGUGUGUGCAUACGGGCUGAAGUGUGUGUGUAUAGGUGACAUAGUGUGUGUAGGGGUUGCAGAGAGGGUGUGUUUAGAGAAUGUUGUAUGUGUUUGCUGACAAGGAAUGUAGUGUGUGUGUGUAGGCGAUCUACUGUGUAAAGGACCCAGUGUGUGUGUGUGUGUGUGUGUGUGUGUGUGUAUAGAGGAUAAAGAGUGCAUAUAGAGUAAGUGAUCUAGUGUGUAUCUGGAGCGUAAUGUGUGUAGUGGUGCAGUGUGAGGGGUGCUGUAGUGUGUGUGUGUGUGUGUAUGUGUAUAUAUAUAUAUAUAUAUUUGGACUUAUUGUAUGUGUGAGGGGCGUAGUGUGUGAGGGUGUUUUUAUCUGCUGUCACAUUCUAGGUUUCUAAUUUUCUUUGUCUGUUAACUCACUGAGGGUUAUUUUAUAUAUAUAUAUAUAUGUGUGCUGUAUAUGUGUGGGAGUGUGCUGUGUGUGUCUGGGUGCUGUGUGUGUGUCUGGGUGCUGUGUGUGUCUGGGGGUGCAGUGUGUGUCUGGGGGUGCAGUGUGUGUCUGUAGGUGCAGUGUGUGUCUGGGUGCGCUGUGUGAGUCUGGGUGCGCUGUGUGUGUCUGGGUGCGCUGUGUGUGUCUGGGUGCGCUGUGUGUGUCUGGGGGUGCUGUGUGUGUCUGGGUGCAGUGUGUGUCUGGGUGCAGCGUAUGUCUGGUGCAGUGUGUGUCUGUGGGUGCAGUGUGUGUCUGUGGGUGCAGUGUGUGUCUGGGUGCGCUGUGUGUGUCUGGGUGCGCUGUGUGUGUCUGGGUGCGCUGUGUGUGUCUGGGUGCGCUGUGUGUGUCUGGGGGCUGUGUCGGGGGUGCUGUGUGUGUCUGGGGGUGCUGUGUGUGUCUGGGGGCUGUGUGUCUGGGGGUGCUGUGUGUGUCUGGGGGGGUGCUGUGUCUGGGGGCUGUGUGUUUGUGAGUGAAUGUAUUUUUUUAUUUAAAUUUAAAUAUUUUUUUUUUACUAAUAAAAAAAUAAAUAAUAAUAAUAAUAUUUCCCCCCCUCCCUUCUUCUCUACCUUUAUCCUGGGAGGGGGGAGGAGAUCCGUUCUGCCAUCCAUCCCUGGUGGCCCAGUGGUGAGAGUGAACUCUAACCUGCAGGUUAGAGUUCACUCUCGCGAGAUCUGAGCGUUGCCGCGGCAACGGUAACCGCGGCAACGCUCAGAAUCCCGCGAGAGGACCCGGCGGAGCUGCUUGUUAGAGCUCCGCCGGGUCCUCUCUCCUCCCUCCCUCCCUCACCCAGCCGGCGGCCGCAUCUCCCUGUCUGUGGGCCGGUGAGGGAGAUCUGUGAUCUCCCCACCGGCCCAUGGAGGCACACAGCGGGGCCGGCGCUCGGGUAGCGCUGGCCCUGCAGGGGCCGGCCGGGGAGAUCCCCUGCCGGCCUCGGCCCCACGGCCAUCGCGGCCCACCGGGCAUUUGCCCGGUGUGCCCGAUGGCCAGUCCGGGCCUGCCUAUGGGGAUAGUGAUGAGCUGGUUCAAUACUCCAUGGAAGCGCCUGCCCAUACACAGGAUAACAGGCAGCCUCCAGAGUAGCCAAUCAGGACAGCCCGUUCACUGAGCACUGCUUAAAGGACAACUGUCCUUUCUCAGAAUCUACUCACCUAUAGUAACAGCGUGGUUAUUUUAUUUUACAAUUUGCAAUUUCAAUUUUCAAUUCACAACAAUUGAACAUUUAAUGAAUAAACCCGUUAAUGUGUUUUAUUUGUUUGAAUUUCCAUUUUAAUUAUUUUUAUUAUUAUUUGCCAUUUCAGGAUAUGACUGCUCAGAUAUUUGGCUUAGAAACCAAAGCUCUGUCAGUGGCGUUUACAGAAUUAAACCUAUUGGAGCCAAAAAUUUGUUCGAGGUAGGAAAUGUUACCACAACUUGCUGCAAAAUGUUGGUUAACGGAGUCAAAGGGCUGUUUAAAAUCGGCUUUUGCUUGGUGUUGAUUGAUUUAUUAUACCGGCCUGAUAUUCGUGUUUAAAUAAAAAUUUACACAAAUUACAAUUUAGUGAAGCGCACCGCAGGUAAUUUUCUACAUUCUACCUUUUUUUUAUUCUCUAAAACCAGCUAUUGACCUGUAGAUUUGUCCAUUCAGUUUCAAACGAAUUGUGAUUCAUCUGAAUUCUGGGCGAUCGUUGAGUUCUCCUGAACUGUAAAUUCAAAUCGCCAUAUGACCAAAUCACAAACCAAGGAAUGAACUAGCUGUUUCGCUUGUUUUGUGAUUCAGAGUUUUGUCUGGGUAUAAAAAGCGAAUGUUAUUUUUUUUUUUUACACGCACAACUUUAUAGAAGAGAGAACUUAAUAUUUUUGGACAAUAUUGGCAAACUGUACAUAUUUUACAACCAAGUUUUUUGCCAACUCAGCAAUUUAUCCUAUAUUUUGCAUUUUCCUGGUUAGUAUCUAACAAUUAAUGGCUUACUGAAUAACCUUAUUGGGUGUUCUCCCUCUGGCUAGCUACAGCUGUUGGCUACAUGACUUUCUUUGAUUUUCAGGUUUUCAGCAGAAAGGGUCGGUUAAGAGAUAAAGCAGUGAUACUUAGCUACUAAACUGUGACUUUCUCUAAAUUGCCUAUUGAAUUACAAAGUGUAGACUUAAAUGGUUUACGUUUUGAGCCAGUUAAGUAAAUAUAUUGAAACUGAGACAUUUUCAAGUCAAUUUUUCAAAGUUUACUGUUUACUAAAUAAACCUCAUUAUGGAACUUGAAAAAGUACACAAUGUGUACAAAAGUCAUUUUAUCUUCAAGAACAAAAAUGUAAUUUAUUUUUAAAGUUUAGUGGUCAUUUACCAGAGCCAUAAAAGUAUAUGAUUAAAUAUUGGUUAAUUAUUAUAUUGUGAAAUACUACCUGAUGGUAACUAAAUGUUCCUGUUUGACCUGCAGGCUUUCUGUAAAAUGAAGGAGGACGGUGGCUUGACUCUAAUCCAAAGCCACAAUGGAAAUGAUCAGUUGCCCUUCAACACAUAUUGGGAUGACUACAAAGAGGGAUUUGGAACUCUAACUGGUAAUUGCUGACAAUUCUAUUUUAUGACCUUCAAUAGCAAACCUGUUCAUACAAUGAUGACAGAAUCUGCAGCCCAUCCUGUAUACAUGGGGGUGUGCUCUGAAUUAAAGACCUUCAAUUACAUUUCCCACUGAUCCUGUGCAGGUCCUCGACUGACAGAGAAACAAACUGUUACCCUUGUAGUACAGUAACUCCUUUUGCCUCGGCCACAGACACUGUGUAGGAUAUUGGGCCCUUAAUAGCAGAAGGUGAUGCUGUUGGAAAAAGAAGGAAAAGCUCGAGAGUGGGGUUGGGACUCUACAGCACUCCAGGUGUUGUGAACUACAUCUCCCAUAAUGCCCUUACAGCCAUAAUGCUGGCCAAUUAAAAUGUGAGAUUCCACAACAUCUGGAAUGCGGAAGUUUGCCUUGAAAAGAAUACUCACUAAACCAGGAAGUGAAUCAGCCAGUUACGAUGCUCAGUUUUUCAAGCACUGCUUAGCUGAUCCCAUAGGCAGUACUUUAAAUCCACAGGGGUUUCUGGGAGUUGUAGUUAAAUUGUUAAAACAAGGAGGGAUGGUGAGAAAGUGUGAGAUUGUAGAAGAAUUUCUAAAGUUACUAUUUUAAGAAAAACUAGUGAAGAUUAAUAAAAUAAUCCAUUCAGCAUAACUAACUGUAUCCUACCCAGCACAUUACCCCAAACCAAAUGUAUUUGUCUGCCUGCCGAGCCCCUUUAAAUAUAUAGAGACAAUUCCCUGUGUAGGUACUGGGCUAUUCUAUGACGGAAUGUGUGUGAUCUCAAUGUCAUUUCUUGUUGAAGGGGAACAUUGGCUGGGACUUGAGAAGAUGUAUCUGCUGACCCAUCAGGGUUCCAGAGCUGCAGACCUGCUUAUCAGCCUGGGAGACUUUGAUAAAUCAGAGGCUUUUGCGCUAUACAGUCCUUUUACCAUCGGCUCCGAGGACGUGCAGUACAGGAUAUCGCUGGGAAACUAUUCCGGGAAUGCAGGUACGGGGUCUGAAGAUAUCUGUAAUGCCUUCUAUGUUAACACUGUCAGACGUAUUCACUAAAGGGUCAAUGCAAAGGGAAUUUCAAAUUAAGGACAAAAAAACUCGAAAAAUCUUUUCUGAGCCAGCUGUGCUUUGAGUUUGGCUCCUUCGGCCUUACUUUUGAAAUUUGCUUUCAAUUUUCACUUUAGUAAAUAACCUUAUAUAUUUUUUUUUUUUUUAAGCAAUAUGUUUUAUGAACAUUGCACUGAACAUAACAUAUUACUGUCACGGCCCCCCGGCUCGCCGCCAUGUGCGUCCGUGCCCGACCGGCACCACCGCACCAACUCACUGAGCUUACCUGCUCAGUGGCGAGCCGGGAACCGCUCCUCCACGCCGCUCCAGGAAAUCCAAGAUGGCGCCAACCAUGCGGUCGCAUUCAUCAAUGGCUCCACCCCCCAAAAUUAUACGAACGUGCGCGUGACGUCACAACGUCACCGCACGCACACAUUCUGGGGUCAGAGGUCACCCUCUGACUAAUCAGAGCCUAGAGAGGGAUAUUUAAAUCCCUAAUUCACCCCAGUACCUUGCUGUGUUGUGGUUUCCUGUUCCUGGUUUCCUGAGAGUGCGUUUUCCCUGUGAUAUUGAUAUUCUGGUAUUCUGAUCUUGGCUAUUCCUGGUUAUUCCGAUUUCGGGUUCCCCUGACUUGGCUUGUUUAAACGGUAUUGUGUAUUUCCGGCUUCCUUGACCUCGACUUUCCCUUUGACCAUUCUCUGUCUCUAACGUAUUAGUCCGGCCAUUCUAAGGUCCGGUUUACGUUCUGACCUUUUUUUUCCUUUCUUAUUUCUAUGUAUAGGUUUCUACAUGUUGGACCACACUAGCUGUCGUGACAAUUACCUGUUGUAUCUCAUAUUCCAUGGCUAGCUAGAAUCAGGGGAGGGCUGGCAAUUUUUGGCACAGUGGUGUUUCCAAAACUGCUGCAGCCCAAAAACAAUACUCACUGCCUUCCUUCUUAGUUGAUCCUAAUAUAGUGACUGUUCUAUGAAACCUUGGAGAAUUAGCAAUGAUCAAAUAAUAAUACUGAUAAUAAUAUUUAUAAGCAAGUCCACUAUUCUCUUAUGGUUUUUCAAAGACAUAAAAUCAAUUAUUAUACUGAGCUUUUCUAGAUAAAUCACAGAGUGGAGUAAAAUGUACAUUUUUUGUUUUCCUUUGAUAUACAGAUACCUCUAGAAAUAAAUGCAAAUAUCUGAUGCCUGAAUAUAAAAACAUUCUACCUAGAAUGUUCGGCAUCAAUAUAAAGAAUGUGUACAGAAUAUGUUUUACUCCAGCUUCAAGCCUCUUCACAACCAAUAAAGCUAUAUAGUGAUAUAGUGAAAAUACUUCCAGUUCUGUUUAGAAAUAUGCUAGCCCAUCCAAACUGAGACCCCCAACUAUCUUUGAAACGACAACAGAAUUCUGAGCAUAGUCCACUGACUAUAAAGUACAACAUGAUCCGUAAUCUAGUGUGAUUUGUCCAAAGAUCCAGCUAUUGUGGGCGAUAUAACAUGCACACUGCAUUAGAGAACGCAUUUUACUUUUAUUAUGUUGUUACCUCAAUUUAAUAUUUUUUUUGGAUGAGAUUUUGAAUUAUUUAAUAUUUUUAAAUAAACUUUUAAAAUUAUUUAAAAAAAUAUUAAACUAUCAAAAAAAUAUAUCAUGUAUAGAAAAUACAACUGUAUAUAUUAAAAAUAAAUCAAAAUAGUUCAAAAUAUUUUUCAAAAUAUGAAAUGAUUUUGAAAAGCUAAUCCACAAAUAUUUAAUCAAGGUUUAUAUUUCUCUAGCAGGACUCCGCUGGAAUGUCAUUUGAUACUUUUAUCAUUUUAAGUAAUUGUUCCUUUUAGAUUUUGUCAGUUUAGAUAGCAGUAUACAUUAUUUUGUGUUUUGGAAUUAUAUAUUUUUUUUUGUUAAUCAAUUCUUGUUUUAGGAGAUGCAUUCAGAGCAAGAUUGGAUGUAAACGAUGUAAGAUCCAAUCAGGAUGGGAGCUCUUUCAGCACCCGGGACAGAGACAAUGACAACUGUAACCCAUGCGUUAUGGAUGAUAUAGCCAUCAGGAGCUGUGCCCGGGAUUAUAGCUCAGGCUGGUGGUUUAAUGGAUGUGGAUUAGCAAAUCUGAAUGGUCGCUGGCGUCCGGCACAGAAUAGUAUAGGCUGGCAUUCCUCGGUGUCUUGGGAAACAUGGAGAGAGAACGAGUCUCUGAUGUUUAGUAAGAUGUACAUAAAAAACUAUUAAUGGGAACAUUUUACUGAAGACGUGUCUUUACGUGUUUGUUCGUCGUGUUCGUAUUUUUUUUUAAAUGGUCUUGAAUAUAUUUUACUCCUGUUGUGUAAAUAAUUGUGUGUUGUGUUAAAAUAAAAAUCCAUCCCCAGUCUCGCUCUGUAUCUAUUUGAAAGAAAAGGCUAACAAGCAGAUAAUUCAUGUUUUCCUUUUAAAUAAUAGAAGUAAAACCAAUGACGUAAGAAAAAAAAGAAACAUUUUCUUUUAAAAAAGCAAAAAUUACCAGAUUAGAAGAUCAGAAAUAAAGGGAAGAAAAAAGAGAUGAUGAUCUAAAAGUAUGAUGAUAAAACAGUCACUGGAAAAAAUAUGCUCCCCCAAUAUGUACUGAAAUAUGUAAAGGUGACAUAGUUACAUAGUCUGAAAAGAGACUUGCGUCCCUCGAGUUCAGCCUCUCACAUAUGUUUUUGCUGUUGAUCCAAAAGAAAAUUCCGAGUUCAGAGAAGGGCUACUAAACUGGUUCAUGGAUUGCGGGAUAAAACUUACGAGUACCAGGAAAGGUUAAAGAAAUUUAACAUUUAAAUACAUAAAGGGAAUCAACACAGUAAAGGAGGAGACUAUAUUUAAAAGAAGAAAAACUACCACAACAAGAGAAUAGUCUUAAAUUAGAGGGGCAAAGGUUUAAAAAUAAUAUCAGGAAGUAUUACUUUACUGAGAGGGUAGUGGAUGCAUGGAAUAGCCUUCCAGCUGAAGUGGUAGAGGUUAACACAGUAAAGGAGUUUAAGCAUGCGUGGGAUAGGCAGAAGGCUAUCAUAACUAUAAGAUGAGGCUAGGGAUUAAUGAAAGUAUUUUAAAAACUUGGGCAGACUAAAUGGGCCAAAUGGUUCUUAACUGCCGUCAUAUUUUAUGUUUCUAUCAUAUCCUACUAAUACAAAUGUCCUAUCAUUGCCUACUUGUUCAAAUGGCACGCCAUGAUUGGGGUAAUUUGGCAAAUUUCAAUGUGUAAAAACUAAUAUGGGCUAGCCCUAUAUUUGCUCCUGUAACUUUUCAAAACCAUGAAACGUGGGAAACUUAUAUAUGGGGGGCAUUGUUGUACUAAUGGGAAAUAACAAGCAAAUAAGUAGGGAGUUUUAGGCACACCAUAUGCCUACACUGUGUUUAAGGACUCUUUGCUCAACAGUACUGCAUGUCCAUCCGAAGAUCUUACAGGUAAUAAGGAGAUGAUCUUCAAGCGUUCACGUUCUACAUGGCUUUCGAGCGUUCACGUUCUACAUGGUCUUGGAGUAUAUGAUCGUAUAAAAGACUUGUGCAAAAGUGUAUUUCAGACGGUUUGUUUUAAUGGAAUGAGGUUUAAUUCACAUGCAGAUGAAUCAAUCAUAUAAUUUACCUACUGAGUGUUAUUGGUUGAAUAAGUCCCUUCACAGGUAAAUUCCGAACGAUUGAUUCACUUCAUGUGCUACACGGUCUAUGGAGGAGCCUGCAGACUGAUCUGUAGGAUCGUGCCUAAAUGACUGUUAUGUACUUUUGCGCAUUCACAAGUGCACAGAGAUGGCUCCUGGUGGCUUCUCCUUUUUGAAGUUGAAUCGGGAUCACCCCCACCGGCCUGGGGGGGGGUGUUUUGUGUCUGAGGAUCCACUGAUGAAAGGACAAGGAAAGCAGUGAUCUCUCCUCAGUUCUGUCACCCGCAGCCAGACACCUCAAGCUUUUUGCUUACCAAAAGUUAUUGAAUGAGGUAUCGGGAGAAUCAUCAGGGCACCCUGACUAUGGGUAGGGCACCCCAACGUGUGCAUGAGUUUGGCGUCAGCAACAAUAGUCGAUUAAUCGGCUUAUGCAGUGGGAGCCCAGUGAACAUGCGUCUGUUCAGCUAGCUGUAUGUCUGUUCAGACCCCUGUAUAUAUAUCUGUGAGAUUAUUGUGCAACAUAUUUAUUGUUAAAUAAUAAACAAAUAAACAAAAUAACAUUUUGUAUAGAUUUUUCUAAUGAGAAAAAAAAAAAUUACUGUUAUCAUUACAGCCUUUAAGUAAUAACUAUUAAAUUAAUAAACAAAGUCAGUUUGUACUGUAGAUAUAAUUAAACCACCCAUGUUGGUCCAAACUCUAUGGAUAUUUGACCAACUGCUGCUCAACCUAACUUUCCUGCUGCCAGGGCCGGACUGGGACAAAAAUUCAGCCCAAGCAAUUCAAGGCAGAGCAGCCCACUAGGAGGGGUGUGGCCAGAAAGGGGACGUGUAAUGUCACCACCAUUAACACGCACCCCCCACCAAAUAACUAUUUGUGUUGUAUGUGUAAAGGGGUCUAUUUGUGGCGUACUACGUGUGGCUAGGGGCUGUAGUGUGUGUGUUUCUUGGUUGUAAAGUAUGUGUGUAUGUGCGUGUGUGUGUGUUUAGAGAGCCUGUGGAGAAUGUAGGCCUAGGGGAUGUAGUGUGUGCAUGUAAGGCUGUACAGUGUGUUUCUGAGUGUAUCUAGGGGCUCUAGUGUGUGUAUGUAUAAAGGGGCUGUAGAGCGCAUGUGUAUAGGUGCGGCAGUGUAUGCAUAGGUGGUGUAAUGUGUACAGGGGGUGUAGAAUGUGUAUUUAUAGGGGAUAUAAAUUAGUGUGUGUGCAUGCAGGGGGUGUAAUAUGUGUGUUUAUAUGGGUUUAAAGUAUGUGAGUGCAGUUUACUGUGUGUAUGUGAGUGCUCUGGGUAUAGUGUAUAUAUAAGGGGUAAAUAGUGUGUGUAGUGUGUUUGUGUGAGUGCAGGGGGUCUACAGGGAUAGAGAGUGUGUAGUAUUUAUGGAGAGGUAUAGCAUCUGUGCAGAGUCUUUGUGUGUAAGUGCAGGAGGUGUAGUGUGUAUAUAGGGGUAUAGUGUGUGUGUAAGUGCAGGGGGUGCAGUGUGUGUAGUGUGUUUGUGUAUAAGAAUGCUUGUGUGUUAGUGCAGGGGGUGCAGUGUGUUUGUGUGCUAGUGCAUGGGAGCAGUAUGCUUGUGUGUUAGUGCAGUGUGUAGUGUGUGUUAGUGCAGGGGGUGCAGAGUAUGUGUAGUGUGUUAGUGUAGGGGGUGCAGUGUGUGUUGUGUGUGUGUGUGUGUGUGUGUUAGUGCAGGGGGUAGUAUGUGUGUGUGUUAGUGCAGGGGGUGCAGUGUGUGUAUAGUGUGUUAGUGCAGGAGGUGCAGUGUGUUAGUGCAAGGGGUGCAGUGUGUGUAGUAUGUGUGUGUUAGUGCAGGGGGUGCAGUGUGUGUAGUGCGUUUGUGUGUUAGUGCAGGGGGUGCAGUGUGUGUGUAGUGUGUUAGUGCAGGCAGGGGGUGCAGUGUGUGUAGUAUGUUUGUGUGUAAGUGCAGGGGGUGCAGUGUGUGUAGUAUGUUUGUGUGUUAGUGCAGGGGGUGUAGUAUGUGUAGUAUGUUUGUGUGUUAGUGCAGGGGGUGCAGUGUGUGUAGUAUGUUUGUGUGUUAGUGCAGGGGGUGCAGUGUGUAGUAUGUUUGUGUGUGUAUGUGAUAGGUGUGUAUAUAGAUAUGGCCUUAAAUUAAUUAUUUAUUUCGUUUUUUUAAAAAGUAAAAAAAUUUUUUUAUAACUUUUUAGGUUGGAUAUGGACUCAAAUUAAUAAUUUAAUAAUUAAAAAAACAACAACAUUUACUCCUUAUUAUAACUGUGCAGGGGGGGAGAGGAAACAUGCAGGUACCUGGUGGUCCAUUGAGGGGCCACGCCACACACCGAUCCCUAGUGGUCCAGCCGACAGGUAAUUUCAGUCUGUACCCUGCAGGGUACAGACCAUCUCUCUCUGUCUCUUUCUCUCUCGCGAGCACCAUUUUUUCAGAGCAUUGCCGCGGGUUACCAUGGCAAUGCUCUGAUAAUCUCGGAGCUCGUGAGAGGGUGAGAAGGCAGCUGCUCAGCAUGAACGGAGGGUGACCGGUUCACUGCCCGGUCUCCCCUCCAGCCAUGAUAGAACAGAACUCCAUCUUUGGGCCAGUGCUGCCCUGCAUGGGCCGGCAGGGGAGAUCUUUUGAUCUUUCCUGCCGGCCUCGGCCCAUGGCCAUCGCGGCCCACCGGGCAUUUGCCUGGUUUGCCCGAUGGCCAGUACGGGCCUGCCUGCUGCGGUGAUUCCCCUGUGUGAUCUGUGUCAAACUGCAAGAGAGGCAAGUUAGAUUGAGAAGCAGUUGGUCAUAUAACCAUAGUGUUUGACCCAACAUGGCUGCUCAGUUAUAUAGAAAAGUGAAUUUAAAAAACAAACAAAAAAAACAAUAUAGAUAAUUUUUUAAAAUGUCAUCUAGUUUCAUUAAAUGUAAUUAACUUUUAAAAAUUGAGAAAUUCUAAUUUGAUGACAGUUGUCCUUUAAGCAGUGCUCAGUGAAUGGGCUGUCCUGAUUGGUUAUCCUGGAGACCGCCUGUUAUCCUGUGUUCUAUAGUAAACAACUUUUCACUAUCCUCACUCCCGCACUCAAAGUGUGAGAAUUAAAGCAAAUGGAAUCAGAAUGUCAAAAUCGAUACUAAAAGAGCUAAACUGUGAAGAUAGCAGUUGGAGAGUUGGAGAAUUUUUUUAAAUCAACUAUUUUUGCCUCAGUUUUGCCAUUCAGAUUUUCAUUUGCAACAGUUCAGAUUUGUAAAAAAAAAAAAAAAAUUAAUAAUUAAAAAAAAUAUAUAUAUUUUUAAACAUUUUGUUUCCUACUACUUUUUUUUUUUAAGUUGUCAGAUUUGGAAUAAAAAGAUAUCAAGUGGUAAAAUCAGAAGUAAUCAAAAAGUAUUAUUCAAUCGAAAUACAAGGUUAGCAUUUAGAGUUAAAUCCGUUGCAUAUAUUAGGUAUUUACAGACAGUAAGGAUUGCUGAGAGAGGAAAGCAUUGAAUAACGGCACAAUAAACUUCUCAAUGUGCCAUCAUAAUAUUAACAUUAAUUAUAAUAAAUCGUUAACAUAUAUUUACAUAGUAUGAACGUCAAUUAAGAGAACUUACUAGUGCACUAAAGCUGUUAAAAUAAAGGCCAAAUAAGAUUAAAUAUCCAAACAGGUUGAAUGUGGCAUUUUCAUAUACCUGGGGAAAAAUAAAAGCAUAAAAAAUAAAAUAGAUUAAGGCAAUGUUAAAGGGUUUGUACACUGUGAGCUGGGAUGAACUGCAAAAUAUAGACUCAAAUAUAAUGUACAAUACAGGUUUGUUUUUUUUAGUUUCAUUAAUUUGGCUUCACGUCCAACAAACUGGAUUUCUUUUAACUAAAAAUAUAAGGAAUACACCAUGAGAUAAUCACAGCAGAAACUUGAUGUCGUGCAGCACUGACCCAGGAAGCACAUCUAGUGGCGGCUUGAAGAGUGGCAACUAGAUGUGUUCCUAGCCUGCAAUGUAAACACUGCUUUUGCUCUGAAAAAGUCUACAUGGACUGACUAUACUUACCAGAACAACUACAUUAAGCUGUAUAGCGUACCUUUAAAUUAUCCUGUAUAAGUGCAUUGGAGUCCAGGUGAUAAAUAAAGAUGAAUAUUUCUGCAAGAAAUUGAUACAAUCUUUUAUUUUCAUUUUGUAACCUGUAAUCUUCCGGCUACUUUCAACUUGAAAAGUUACUUUUGUGACUACUGUUUGCUUUAUUAAUGCAAUGAUAUUGUUAAACCUAGCAUCUGUUUGAUCUGUGGAUGAAUGGAUGAAAUGCAAUCUUCUGAUUGGCUGUGCCGAGAUUGGAUUUGUUAGCUCGGGCUAUUUAAGGGGAGGGAAUAGUCAACUGAGAUUUAUAGAGCCUUGAUUCUUCUACUGUACUGACUGACAGGUAAGGAGCUACUCUGGGAUCUCCCUGCUCAUUGCUACUCUCUCUGUGUAUUUUCUAUAUUAUCUGAUCUAUCUUCUGCAAAGUAUAGUUUGUUACAAAAUGUUUGUCCAAUAUUCUGGAGCAUAAGGCUUAUUCGUAAAUACUAGAAAUGUAAAUGUUUUUGCUAUACUCACUCCAAGGAGGUUGCUUUGUCAUGUAAUACGUCAAGUUUCUGUUCGUAUUUUGUAGUAGUUUAUUCCUUAAGUUUCUUGGUUGAUAGAAAUCCAAUUUGUAUGAUGUGAUGCCAAAUGAAAGAAACUGGGCGGUGGGGGGAUUGUUUAUUUCUCCCCAUUUUAGAUGUUUCAGUCUAUAUUUUGCAGUUCGUCACAGCUCACAGUGUACAAACCCUUUAACAUUGCCUUAAUCUAUUUUACUUUUUGUUUUUAUUUUUCCCCAGGUAUAUGAAAAUGCCAUCAUUCAACCUGUUUGAAUAUUUCAUCUUAUUUGGUCUUUAUUUUAACUGCUUUAGGGACGUUAACGGCUAUAGUGAAGUUAAAGUAAGUUCUCUUAAUUGACGUUUAUACUAUGUAAAUAUAUGUUAACAAUGUAUUAUUAUUAAUUGUAAUAUUGUGAUGGGACAUUGAGAAGUUUAUUUUAUAAUAUGUGUCCAUUAGUCAGUGCUGAGUACGUUGAUAAUUAAACUUAUUAUUUAUUUGAAUUACUGACAUAAUUUUCUUUAUAACCAUUUUAAUCUUUCCAGCCUGUGACAGAUGAUCUAAUCUAUUCAGGUAAGUUGUGUUUAAGUGUGCUGUUACUCAAUGCUUUCCUCUCUCAGCAAACCUUACUGUCUGUAAAUACCUAAUAUAUGCAACUGAUUUAACUCUAAUUUCUAACCUUGUAUUUAAAUUAAAUAAUGCUGGUUGAUAUCUUUUUAUUAAAAAUGAGACAGAUUUGAAAACAUUGUAGGAGACAAAAUCUUUAAAAACUAAAACAUUUUUAUUUCUUAAACUCUGAGCUGUAGCAAAUGAAAAUCCGAGUGGCAAAAUUGAGGCAAAAAUUGUUGAUUUUAAAAAGUUCUCAAACUCAGCUAUUUUCAGUUUAGUUCUCGAGCCUCAAUUUUGACAUCCGGAUUCCAUUAGCUAAAAUUCUCACACUUUGAGUGCUGGAGUAGGGAUAGUGAUGAGCUGGUUCAAAGUACUCAUGAUAACAGUACAGCCCGUUCACUGCAAACUGCUUAAAGGACAACUGUCAUCAAACUUUAAUUUCUCAUUUUCUCAGAAUCUACUUACCUAUAGUCACAGUUUGGUUAUUUUAUUUUAAAAUAUGAAAUUUUAAUUUUCGAUUCACAACAAUCGAACGUUUAAAGAAUAAACCUGUCAAUAUAUUUUAUAUGUUUGGAUUUAGAUUUGAAUAAUUAUUAUUAUUACAUUUCAGGAUAUGACUGCUCAGAUAUUUGGGUUAGAAACCAAAGAUCUGUCAGCGGCGUUUACAGAAUUAGACCUAUUGGAGCCACAGAUUAUUUCGAGGUAGGAAAUGUUACCAUAACUUGCUACGAAAUGUUAGUCAAUGGGCUGUUAAAAUGUAUUUUUUUGCUUGUUGUUGAUUCAUUUAUUUUACCAGGAAUUCUGGAGUAUUGACACGGGAUCCAAAAUUUUAAGGCCAAAACAGCCCGGCUGAAAAAAAAGAGACAAGUUGGCGAAUUUUCAAUUUUUCUAUUUUGGCCUGAUAUUCAUGAUUCCUUUAUUAAAUUUAGAUAAAUGUACAUAAAUUUCAUUUCAGUGAAUAUACUCAGCUGUGUAAUUUCAGGAAAAAAAAAUUAAAAUGAUGAUUAUAUAUUUUUUGCCAAGUCCAACUCUAUUGGUCAAUAUAGACAAGCUUUAAAUCGUAAAAUGCUACUUUUUAUCAACUCAUCCAUUAUUGUCCUAAAUGUGUUCUGUUGUCAUUUCUCCACUUUUUCCAGUUUAGAUCCACAUUUUAUAUUAUGAGAUUUAUUCACUUUCUGGGUCUAAAUUUAGCAUCUUGUAUGUUAACAAACUACAAUUCCUUUUCAUGACAAUAACCCCCUUUAGUCUACAGGCAGUAUGUAAUUAAGAGCCUCUGUAUUAAUUGUUAGGAUAAUAAACUAAAUUAGCAGAAGGAUCAAUGUUGCUGUAAUCAGACCAACUGUUUUUUUUUUUUUUUUUUAAUGUAUUACAUUUUAGGCAGGGAUGGUUAGGAGAUAAAGCAGUUUUGCUAAGUUAGCAAGCUAUGAAUUGGGCUAAAUUACAUGUUGAAUUAUAAAGUGCAAACUAAAAUGGUUUAUGUUUUAAGCCAGGUAGGUAAAUUUGUUAAAAGUCAGAAAUGUUGUCCUUAAAUUAGCAAAUUUGGCUUCCAGUUUGAGCAAUUUGCUGUUUAUUAAAUUAACCUCAUUAUGUAACUUGAAAAAGCACACAGUAUGUAAAAAAGUUAUUUUAUCUUGUAUAAUAGAAAUGUAAUUUAUUUGUAAAGUUUAGUGGCCGCUUACCAGUGCCAUAAAAGUACAUGAUUAAAUAUUGGUUAAUUGUUAAAUUUUGAAAAAUUCUUUAUUUUUGUUGUGGAAUUGUGCAUAUCUGCCAAAUAAAAAUACAUUUUAAUUGUUCAAUUUUGAUGGUAACUAAAUGUUCAUGUUUGACCUGCAGGCUUUCUGUGAAAUGAAGAAGGACGGUGGCUUGACUCUAAUCCAAAGCCACAAUGGAAAUGAUGAAUUGUCCUUCGACACAGAUUGGAUUGACUACAAAGAGGGAUUUGGAACUCUAACUGGUAAUUCAACAUCAAACCUUUUUGUACAAUGAUGACAGAAUCUCAGAAAGGAAGGAAAAUUCAAGACUGGGGAAACCUAGAGCGCUCAAGAUGUUGUGCACUACAUCUCUCAGGGCUGGCCCGUUCAUUGGCCCCAGGCGGCACUGUGACAGGGGCUGUACUACUCCAAAUCUGGAGUGCGGGGACCACUAUAUAUAUGUGCAGUUCUUCUGGUGUGUACAAUGAAAAAGGGUCUCUGGAAUGUGAUCUUAUACCUCCAACAGCAGCAGGUUCUCUCCUCUCGAGAGCUUUUAGAGCGUUUGCCAUAGCGCAGCACGUAAUGGAUGUCGGAGUGUUGCCAUGGAAAUCCACGGCAAAGCUCUCGCAACUUGCAAGAGUGGUGGUCCUGCUGCUGUUGGAGGUGUAAGAUCACACUCCCGUGACCCCUCUUCAUUGCCCGCCAGCUCCACAGGACCACCAGGGAAUCUAGACAGGGAGGGGGUAAUAAACAUUAAAUUUUUAACAAAGUUACAAAUUUAAAAAAACUGCUUAUCCCAAUAUUUAACUUAACACCACAAACACACUGCACCCACUAUACACACACACUAUAUGAACUAUACACACAUACUAUAUCCAUGAUAUGCACACACACACUGCAUCCACUAUACACACACACACACUGCAUCUACUAUACACACACACUACAUCCAUGAUAUGCACACAAACUGCAUCCACUAUAUACACACACUACAUCCACUAUAUACACAUACACACACACAUCAUCCUCUAUACACACACUGCAUCCACUACACACACACACUAUAUUCACAAUAUGCACACACACUGCAUCCACUAUGCACACAGACUGCAUCUUCUAUACACACACUGCAUCCACUACAUACACUGCAUCCACUAUACACACACUGCAUCCACUACAUACACACAUACACUGCAUCCACUAUACACACACUGCAUCCUCUAUACACACACACACACACACACACACACUGUAUCCACAAAAUGAAAACAAACUGCAUCCUCUAUACACACACACACACUGCAUCCUCUAUAACCACAAACACUAUAUCCUCUAUACCCACACACACUGCAUCCAAUAAACACACACACUGCAUCCACUAUACACACACUUUGCAUACUCUAAACACACACUAUAUCCACUACACACACACACACACUGCAUCCACUAUACACAUACACACUGCAUCCUCUACACACACACACAAACACUGCAUCCCCUGUACACACACACUGCAUCCACUAUACACACACACUACAUCCACUGUACACACACACUCUGCAUCCUCUACAAAGACACAAACACUGCAUCCACUGUACACACACACUGCAUCCACUGUACACACACACUGCAUCCUCUGUACACACACACAUACUGCAUCCACUAUACACACACACUGCAUCCACUAUACACACACAUGCAAUGCACUUACUACACGUACUGCAUACAAUACACACAGACACUGCAACUUCACACACUGCAUCCACUACACAAAUACACACUCUACAUCCACUAUACGCACACACACACACACACACAAUAAAUUCAAUACACACAUUGCGUACAUCACACACUCUGCAUCCACUACUCAGACACUGCAUUCAUAACACACACGGCAUAACAUAAUGGACAUGUUUUGGUGGGUGUGGUUCUGUUGGAGGUGAAAGGGGGGCAGCAUUCUAUCCUUGGACCCAGGCAGCACAAUGUGUUGGCCGACCCUGCAUCUCCGAUAAUGUUAUUACAGCUAUAGUUUUGGCAAAGCAUCAGGGGAGAUGUAAUCCACAAUAUCUGGAGUACCUAAGGCCGCCUACCCCUGCUCUAAGAAAUGCAUCAGAUUAUAUAUGCUGGCUGCAAUAAUAAGUGUAUGUGUAUAUGUGCCUCCCUGCACAUUACACCAAACCAAAUGUCUGCCUGCAGUGCCCCUUUAAAUACAGGUGAUACUCAAAAAAUUAGAAUAUCGUGCAAAAGUUCAUUUAUUUCAGUAAUGCUAGGUAAAGGAGGAAACUAAUAUAUGAGAUGGACGCAUUACAUGCAAAGCAAAAUAGUUCAAGACGUGAUUUGUCAUAAGUGCAAUGAUUAUGGCUUACAGCUCAUGAAAACCCCAAAUCCACAAUCUCAGUAAAUUAGAAUAUUACAUGCAAUCAAUAAAACAAGGAGUGUACAUAAAACAAUAUCAGACCUCUGAAAAAUAUAAGCAUGCAUAUGGACUCAGUACUUGGUUUGGGCCCCUUUUACAGCAAUUGCUGCCUCAAUGCAGCGUGGCAUGGAAGCUAUCAGCCUGUGACACAUCUGAUGAGUUAUGGAAGACCAGGAUGCUUCAAUAUCGGCAUUCAGCUCUUCAGCAUUGUUCGGUCUCAUGUCUCUCAUCUUUCUCUUGGCAAUGCCCCAUAGAUUCUCUAUGGGGUUCAGGUCAGGCAAGUUUGCUGGACAAUCAAGCACAGUAAUCCUACGGUCAUUGAACCAGGCUUUGGUGCUUUUGGCAGUGAAGUCAGAAUCCCCAUAAAGCUUGUCUGCGGAAGGAAGCAUGAAGUGCUCCAAAAUCUCCUGGUAGAUGGCUGCAUUGACCCUGGACUUAAUAAAGCACAGUGGACCAACACCAGCAGGUGACACGGCUCCCCAAAUCAACACAGACUGUGGAAACAUCACACUGGACUUCAAGCAUUUUGCAGUGUGUGCCUCUCCAGACUUUGGGUCCUUGGUUUCCAAAUGAGAUGCAAAAGUUGCUCUCAUCAGAAAAGAGGACUUUGGACCACUAAGCAACAGACCAGGUCUGUUUUUCUUUAGCCCAGGUAAGACGCUUCUGACGUUGUUUGUUGUUCAGGAGCGGUUUGACAAGAGGCAUACAACAUCUGAUGCCCAUGUCCAGGAUCCGUCUGUGUGUGGUGGAUCUUGAUUCACUGACUCCAGCCUCAGUCCACUCCUUGUGAAAGUCCCCAACACUUUUGAAUGGCCUUUUCCUGACAAUCCUCUCCAGGCUGCAGUCAUCCCUGCUGCUUGUGCACCUUUUUCUUCCACACUUUUCCCUUCCACAUAACUUUCUAUUAAUGUGAUUUGAUACAGCACUUUGGGAACAUUCAACGUCUUUUGCAAUUACCUUUUGAGGCUUUCCCUCCUUAUGGAGGGGGUCAAUUAUGGUUUUCUGCACAACUGUCAGAAUUUGAUUCCUACUGAGACCAUUUAAAGGCUCAGAAACCCUUUGCAGGUGUUAUAGCUUACUUAGCUGAUUAGAGUGGAACACUGUGAGCCUGGAAUAUUGCACCUUUUCACAAUAUUCUAAUUUACUGAGAUUGUGGAUUUGGUGUUUUCAUGAGCUGUAAGCCAUAAUCAUUGCACUUAUGACAAAUCACAGCUUGAACUAUCUUGCUUUGCAUGUAAUGCAUCUAUCUCAUAUAUUAGUUUCCCCUUUUACGUUGCAUUACUGAAAUAAAUGAACUUUUGCACGAUAUUCUAAUUUUUCGAGUAUCACCUGUACUUAGAGACAAUUCCCUGUGUAGGUACUGGGCUAUUUUAUGACUGAAUGUGUGUGAUCUCAAUGUCAUUUCUUGUUGAAGGGGAACAUUGGCUGGGACUUGAAAAUAUGUAUCUGCUGACCCAUCAGGGUUCCAGAGCUGCAGACCUGCUUAUCAGCCUGGGAGACUUUGAUAAAUCCAAGGCUUUUGCGCUAUACAGUCCUUUUACCAUCGGCUCCGAGGACAUGCAGUACAGGAUAUCGCUAGGAAACUAUUCUGGGAAUGCAGGUACGGGGUCUGAAGAUAUCUGUAAUGACUUCUAUGUUAACACUGUCAGACGUAUUCACUAAAGGGUCAAUGCAAAGGGAAUUUCAAAUUAAGGUCUUCUACGAACUUCAAAAAUCUUCUCUAAGUCAGCUGUGCUUUUGCUCCUUUGGCCUUACAUUUGAAAUUUACUUUCAAUUCUCACUUUAGUAAAUAACCUUAUAUAUGUUUUUUUUAGCUAUAUAAUGUUUUAUGGACAUUGCACUGAACAUAACAUAUUGCCUGUUGUAUCUCAUAUCCCAUGGCUAGCUAGAAUCAGGGGAGGGCUGGCAUGUUUUGGCACAGUGGUGUUUCCAAAGAAACAGCACUUUAAAAAACUGCUUCAGCCCAAAAACAAUACUCUUCUUUCAGAAAUGAUCCUAAAAUAGGGACUGUUCUAGGAAAUCUAUUAGAAUUAGCAAUUAUAUAAUAAUUAUAAUAAUAAUAAUAAUAAUGUGUAUAAACAAAUCAACUGUAAUGGUUAUUCUGUUAUAGUUAUUCGAAAACAUAAAAUCAAUUUAUAUACUGAGAAUUUCUAGAUAAAUAGCUCGGAGUGGAAUAGUCCCGUCCCCCUAAAUGGUACAUUUUUGUUUUUUUCUUUGAUAUACAAAUACUACUAGAAAAAAUGCAAAUAUCUGGAGCCUGAAUAUAAACACUGGCUGCUUAGAAUGUUCUGCAUCAAUAUAAAGAAUGUGUACAGAAUACGUUCUAUUCCAAUAUAAAGAAUGUGUACAGAAUAUGUUCUACUCCAAUAUAAAGAAUGCGUAAAGAAUACGUUCUAUUCCAAUAUAAAGAAUGCGUAUAGAAUACGUUCUAUUCCAAUAUAAAGAAUGCGUACAGAAUACGUUCUAUUCCAAUAUAAAGAAUGCGUACAGAAUACGUUCUAUUCCAAUAUAAAGAAUGCGCACAGAAUAUCUUCUACUCCAAUAUAAAGAUCACAACCAAUAGAGAUAUAUAAUGAUAUAGUGAAAAUACUUCCAGUUCUGUUUUGAAAUAUGCUAGCCCAUCUGAACUGAGACAAUCAACUAUCUUUGAAAAGUCAACAGAAUUCGGAGAACAGUCCGGUGACCAUAAAGUACAACAUGAUCCGUUAUCUAGUGUAAUUUGUCCAAAGAUCCAACUAUUGUGGGCGAUAUAAGUUGCCCUAACAAAUACGCAUGCACUGUAUUAGAAAAUACAUUUUACAUUUACUGCAUUGUUACUUUAAAUGCCGAACUAUUGCCUCGAUCUAAUAUUUUUGCAUUAGCUUUUCAGAUUAUUUAAUAUUUUUUUAAUAAACUAUUUUUAAUAAUAUUUUUAAACUCAUAUAUACAGGGAGUGCAGAAUUAUUAGGCAAGUUGUAUUUUUGAGGAUUAAUUUUAUUAUUGAACAACAACCAUGUUCUCAAUGAACCCAAAAAACUCAUUAAUAUCAAAGCUGAAUAUUUUUGGAAGUAGUUUUUAGUUUGUUUUUAGUUAUAGCUAUGUUAGGGGGAUAUCUGUGUGUGCAGGUGACUAUUACUGUGCAUAAUUAUUAGGCAACUUAACAAAAAACAAAUAUAUACCCAUUUCAAUUAUUUAUUAUUACCAGUGAAACCAAUAUAACAUCUCAACAUUCACAAAUAUACAUUUCUGACAUUCAAAAACAAAACAAAACAAAUCAGUGACCAAUAUAGCCACCUUUCUUUGCAAGGACACUCAAAAGCCUGCCAUCCAUGGAUUCUGUCAGUGUUUUGAUCUGUUCACCAUCAACAUUGCGUGCAGCAGCAACCACAGCCUCCCAGACACUGUUCAGAGAGGUGUACUGUUUUCCCUCCUUGUAAAUCUCACAUUUGAUGAUGGACCACAGGUUCUCAAUGGGGUUCAGAUCAGGUGAACAAGGAGGCCAUGUCAUUAGAUUUUCUUCUUUUAUACCCUUUCUUGCCAGCCACGCUGUGGAGUACUUGGACGCGUGUGAUGGAGCAUUGUCCUGCAUGAAAAUCAUGUUUUUCUUGAAGGAUGCAGACUUCUUCCUGUACCACUGCUCGAAGAAGGUGUCUUCCAGGAACUGGCAGUAGGACUGGGAGUUGAGCUUGACUCCAUCCUCAACCCGAAAAGGCCCCACAAGCUCAUUUUUGAUGAUACCAGCCCAAACCAGUACUCCACCUCCACCUUGCUGGUGUCUGAGUCGGACUGGAGCUCUCUGCCCUUUACCAAUCCAGCCACGGGCCCAUCCAUCUGGCCCAUCAAGACUCACUCUCAUUUCAUCAGUCCAUAAAACCUUAGAAAAAUCAGUCUUGAGAUAUUUCUUGGCCCAGUCUUGACGUUUCAGCUUGUGUGUCUUGUUCAGUGGUGGUCGUCUUUCAGCCUUUCUUACCUUGGCCAUGUCUCUGAGUAUUGCACACCUUGUGCUUUUGGGCACUCCAGUGAUGUUGCAGCUCUGAAAUAUGGCCAAACUGGUGGCAAGUGGCAUCGUGGCAGCUGCACGCUUGACUUUUCUCAGUUCAUGGGCAGUUAUUUUGCGCCUUGGUUUUUCCACACGCUUCUUGCGACCCUGUUGACUAUUUUGAAUGAAACGCUUGAUUGUUCGAUGAUCACGCUUCAGAAGCUUUGCAAUUUUAAGAGUGCUGCAUCCCUCUGCAAGAUAUCUCACUAUUUUUGACUUUUCUGAGCCUGUCAAGUCCUUCUUUUGACCCAUUUUGCCAAAGGAAAGGAAGUUGCCUAAUAAUUAUGCACACCUGAUAUAGGGUGUUGAUGUCAUUAGACCACACCCCUUCUCAUUACAGAGAUGCACAUCACCUAAUAUGCUUAAUUGGUAGUAGGCUUUGAGCCUAUACAGCUUGGAGUAAGACAACAUGCAUAAAGAGGAUGAUGUGGUCAAAAUACUCAUUUGCCUAAUAAUUCUGCACUCCCUGUAUAUAUAUAUAUAUAUCAUAUCAUAAAUAGAAAAUAUAUCAAUAUAUCAAAGAAUGUCAAAAUAAUGAAAAUGAUAUGAAGUCAUUUUGAGAUUGUAAGCAAAAAUAAUAAUUCAUUUGAAAAGCUAAUCCAAGAAUAUUAAGUCAAGGCCUCAAAGGCUUUAAGAUGAAAAUGUAAUUUGAUACUUCCCCACUACUUGUUUUUAUCAAUUCCAAAGAUUGCUUCUGUUAGAUGUUCGCAGCUUAGCUUUGGCAACUUUACAGCAAUAUCAAUUAUUUUCUGUUAGGAAUAAAAUGCAAAAAUUCCUUAGUAUUGCCGUAUGCAAUGUUACUUUUUUUAGGUCAGGAUUAAUAUAUAUAUAAUAAUAUUAUUUAUUUAUUUAUUUUUAUAUAUAUUUUUUUCUGUUAGGAGAUGCUUUCAGACAAAGAUUUAAUGAAGAUGAUGAAACAUCCAAUCAGGAUGGGAGCUCUUUCAGCACCUGGGACAGAGACAAUGACAACUGUAACCCAUGCUUUAUGGGUGAUAUAGCCUUCAACAGCUGUCCCCGGGUUUAUGGCUCAGGCUGGUGGUUUAAUGGAUGCGGAUUAGCAAAUCUGAAUGGAGAUUGGCACCCGGCCUGGAGUAGUAUUGCCAGGCUUUCCUCUGUGUCUUGGGAAACAUAUCGAAGCAACAAGUCUCUGAAAUUUAGUAAGAUGUACAUAAAAAACUAUUAA